AUGGUGAAGACAGGCACUGAUCACUUCCUUAUAGCCGCCAUAGCCAUCUUGGCUUCUGCAAUCUCACUUUGCUCUGCCUCUGACCCUAGCCCUCUUCAAGACUUCUGUGUUGCUGUUACUGAUCCCAUGUCUGCUGUGUUCGUGAAUGGGAAGUUCUGCAAGGACCCGAAGCUCGCCAAAGCCGAGGAUUUCUUCUUUUCAGGGGUUAAUAUUCCUGGAAACACAAAUAAUAAAGUUGGAUCAAAUGUGACAACUGUAAAUGUUGAUACACUACCAGGACUCAACACACUUGGUAUAUCUUUAGUCCGCAUUGACUAUGCACCUAAAGGUCUCAAUCCACCCCACACUCACCCACGCGCAACUGAAAUCCUUGUUGUCUUGGAGGGUACCCUCUACGUUGGGUUUGUCACCUCCAAUCCUAACAACACUCUCUUCACUAAGGUCAUAAAUGCCGGAGACGUAUUUGUGUUCCCAAUUGGUCUCAUUCACUUCCAAUUUAAUGUGGGAAAGACUAAUGCAGUAGCUUUUGCUGGCCUGAGCAGCCAAAAUCCGGGGGUCAUCACCAUUGCAAACGCGGUCUUCGGAUCGAACCCUCCAAUUUCUCCUGAUGUUCUAGCCAAGGCAUUCCAAGUGGACAAGCAGAUUAUUGACAAACUUGAAUCACAGUUCUGA